CGAUUGAGGCGCUUGCAGAUGCGCUGUGCGAAUCACAUCGCACUCAACCUACCAAUGGUGGUACAACAGCCGAAGCUGCAUCAAAUCCUGAAACAGCAGCUGAUGCUACAACCGACGCUACAGCAGGCGGUGCUGGAAGCAGCACCUCGGGAGCUCACGGCUUGAAACUACCGCCAUGGAAUUUUGACGGAGUGCAUUUCACUGAUGGGGGUCCUCUCACCGUGCAGUACCUGCUGCUGCUCGACGCCCUCAACUUCUGCUUCUGGCCGGACCCGUCACUGCACUACGAGCAUCUGGCGUCCGGCCUAAGAGCAGCAGUGCACCGCGACCCCACCAGCAUUGAUGCUGCCCGCCUCGCAGCGCUUGAUGUCGCAGGCCUGCAUGCUCUGCUCGGUCCAAAGCCCUUUCCAUUGGAGCAGCAGAGAGUGCAGGCAACGCGGCAGGUGGGGCGGGUGCUGCUGCGGCGCUUUGGUGGCAGUGCAGCGAGCAUGGUGGAGGAGGCAGGGGGCAGUGCGGAGAGACUGGUUCGCCUGCUCACCACGCACUUUCCCUAUUUUCAGGACCACGCAAUCUACCGUGGCCGCCAGGUGGCGCUCUUUAAGAGGGCGCAGAUCUUCGUGGCAGAUGUGUGGGGCGCGUUCAACGGGCGCGGGCUGGGUCACUUCUCAGACAUCCACCGUCUCACCAUGUUCGCCGACUAUGUGGUGCCCGCCGUGCUGAGAAGCAGAGGCGUGCUCACAUACGCCCCGGGGCUUGCUGCUGCGGUGGACGGCAAACAAGAGAUUCUCCCGGGUUCGGAAGAGGAGGUGGAAAUAAGAGCGUGCUGCAUCGUUGCCACCGAGCGGCUUCGAGAGCGAUUGGAGCGCGCAGUGGGGAAGCAGCCCGCGGGAAUCUCCGCCGUGAUCGAGAUCGAGCAGGAGGAGAUCCUCACCACACCGCACGAGCCGCCCAAGACGAUCCUGGAGAAACUCGAGGAGAUGGAUGACGUGGGCGUGCCGCACAAGGUGUGGCUGUCUGACGUGGUGACCGUCAAGAAGCGCCCCUAUUUCUUCAACCGCGAGUGGCUGCCCAAGGACAUCGGAUACGCCGCGUUUCUCGGCAGCAUCCACCUGCUCGCCCUCGCCGCGCCCUUCACCUUCUCGUGGGAGGCGUUCGAGUGCUUCGUCGCCAUGUACGUCAUCACAGGCAUGUUCGGCAUCACGCUGUCGUUCCAUCGCCAUCUGACUCACCACAGCUUCGUGCUGCCCAAGUGGCUUGAGUACACCUUCGCCUACUGCGGCGUCCUCGCCUGCCAGGGCCCUCCGUUCGAGUGGAUUCGUAACGCGGUUACUGAUUUAUCGUGCGUGGUAACCCUGCAGCUGGAGGGGAAGAACAACAUCUACGAUCUGACAAAGGAUCCGUUCUACCAGUUCAUCGACAAGACCUACGUCUGGCACAUCGUCGCGUCCGUCGCCGCGCUCUACGCGCUCGGUGGCUUCCCGUUCGUCGUCUGGGGCUGGGCUCUGCGUCUGGUGUGGGUGUACCACAUCACGUGGUUCGUGAACUCCGCGUCGCACGUGUGGGGCGAUCAGCCGUGGAACACGGAAGACCUCUCCCGCAACAACUGGUGGGUGGGCAUUCUGGCAUUCGGCGAGGGCUGGCACAACAACCACCACGCGUUCGAGUACUCGGCGCGCCACGGUCUGGAGUGGUGGCAGAUCGAUAUGACGUGGUACACCCUCAAGCUGCUGGAGGCCGUUGGAUUGGCUACCAAUCUGCGGUACCCGCGCGAGAAGCACAUGAAGAAGCUCGCGUACCCCGAUUCGCCCCUCACCAAGUCCUGA